UCCUCUCUUCAUCUGUACUUCAGGUUUUCCUCCUCUUCCUGUAUCAACACCACUCUCCGCCCUCCUGAGUCUCCUGAGUGUGCAGCACCUGUGCAGACUUGAGUUUGUCGGGCCGAGGCAGAAGGUUUUUGUGUGUGUGUGCGUGUGUGUGUGUUGAACAGGGGAGGGAGGGGAGGAAACACCCAGGAACACCUGACCAACAUUUCAUCACGAUAUGUGAAGAUUUAGGAACUGAUCUCCUCCUCCAGCUUUCCCCCUCCCAGCUGUUUGUUUAUCAGUUUUUUGUUGUUGCAACACCUGGAAUGCUUCACGUGGACUGAUGGAUGUUUCCGAACUGUGCAUCCCUGACCCUCUCUGCUACCACAACCAGUUGCUAACCAGAAUGCCCACUGAGGACCGACGCCUAUCCUCCAGCUGUGGUUCCUACGUCAAAACCGAGCCUUCCAGUCCAUCCUCCUCGCUAGUAGACACCGGCAGUCACCACAGUCCCAGCGGCAACUCUGACGCCAGCGGCCAUUACAUUAACGGCGGCAGCAGACACUCGCACGCCUUGGACUCCCCGCCAAUGUUCAACCCGGGCAUGCUCGGAGGCGGCGCCGCCUGCCUACGCCGCUACGAGGAGUGCUCCGGCGUCGUGGCGGACGACUCGCCGAUCAAGUGCGAGUACAUGCUCAAUGCCAUCCCCAAGAGGCUGUGCCUGGUGUGCGGGGACAUUGCCUCCGGGUACCACUACGGGGUGGCGUCCUGCGAGGCCUGCAAAGCCUUUUUCAAGAGGACGAUACAAGGGAAUAUUGAGUACAGCUGUCCGGCCAGCAAUGAAUGUGAGAUCACCAAGAGGAGGCGCAAGUCGUGCCAGGCCUGCCGCUUCAUGAAAUGUCUUAAAGUUGGCAUGUUGAAAGAAGGCGUGCGUCUGGACAGGGUGAGAGGGGGGAGACAGAAGUACAAGCGGAGGCUGGACGCAGAGAACAGCGCCUACCUCGGCCUCGGCAUCCCCCCUCCAGCCAAAAAGCCAUUGACGAAGAUCGUUUCCCAUCUGUUGGUGGUGGAGCCAGAGAAGAUCUAUGCCAUGCCUGACCCCACCAUGCCCGACGGAGACAUCAAGGCCCUGACCACGCUGUGCGACUUGGCCGACCGCGAACUGGUGGUCAUCAUCGGCUGGGCCAAACACAUCCCAGGUUUCUCCACCCUCUCGCUGGCGGACCAGAUGAGUCUGCUGCAGAGCGCCUGGAUGGAGAUCCUGGUGCUGAGCAUCGUGUUCCGCUCGCUGCCCUGCGAGGACGAGAUCGUCUACGCGGAGGACUACGUGGUGGACGAGGAGCAGGCGAGGAUCUCGGGCCUGCUGGACCUGCACGUCGCCAUCCUGCCGCUGGUCCGGCGCUACAAGAAGCUGCGCAUUGAGAAGGAGGAGUUUGUGACGCUCAAAGCCAUCGCCCUCGCCAACUCAGACUCCAUGCAUAUAGAGAACAUCGAGGCAGUCCAAAGGCUGCAGGAUUCUCUCCACGAGGCUCUGCAGGACUUUGAGGGCCCCCAGCACCCAGAGGACCCUCGACGGGCAGGCAAGUUGCUAAUGACCCUGCCUCUGCUCCGUCAGACCGCCACCAAGGCCGUCCAGCACUUCUACGGCAUCAAAAUGCAGGGCAAAGUCCCCAUGCACAAACUAUUCCUCGAGAUGUUGGAGGCCAAGGCUUGACACCUGGGCCAGAUGUUUGACAGACAGCUGCAUCACUCAAUGGGAGGAGAGGGACAGCCCAUAAAAAUAAAAAUAAAGAUGGUGUGCCAAUUGACAGUGAAAGGAUGGAGCUUGGACUACUGAGUAAUUUUAACACUUUUAAAUGGUUAUAAACAUAAAAGAAAAAGGGACUUGAAAUGGUUUUAAAAAGGGUGAAUAUCAACCUGAUUGACAUGGGAUCAUGAUGAUGUAUAUAAAUAUGUUGUGUACAGAAAUCAGGCAACCGAGGUCUUGUUAUAGCCAGAGACCCAUUGCUCUAUAUCACCUGAAGCUUCUGUGAAUUUGUUUCUUAUCUUAUUUUCAUCUCAAAAUGGAGUUAUGUUAAUAUAAAUGUCCUGAAGAACUGUAUGGCCACGUAGCCCCAAUAUGUGCUUUUUGUUUAGUUUCUUUGGUAUUUUCUAAUCUCAGUUGUUAAAGCAAUAGUCUCUAACUGGUCUACAUAUAAUGUGUGUACUGUAUAUUGUGUGAAAUUGCACUGGGUGGGUAGGGGGGAGAAUUGUUUGACAUAUUCUUAUAUUUGUCAUCAAAGAAAGCGACCAGGGGUCUGAGAUUCUCGAUUUCCUCGUAAUAUAUUUACCUCGUAGUAGCUUCAUCGACUCAGCGGUUGUAGUCGACUCGGUGCCGACAGAAGGACACCGAUUGGCUGGGGAUCAUAGUUCACAAAGAGUUUGCACUAAGCAUCUAUGAAAAACGUGGCAAUAAUGGGUAUUGUAUUAAGUCUCAGUGUUUUUGUUCUUUUAUUAUAGACACAAAACUCACUCAUCACUUCUCUCUGUCUUUAGUGUUUCACUAGCAACUUAGUUAAAAAGGUUCAUUUCAUUUAAAUACAUGUACAACAGCAACAUCUAUGCAAUUGAAUGCAAUCUAAAAUCGCUCUGUAAUAGCCCUGCAAUAAAUACAACUUUGAGACGUUUAUAAUGUUCAGUUUGUGUCACGCAGCUGCUGAUUCAACAGUUUGUGAUGACGCGGUGUUAGAUUGCAAUAUAUUGUAAAGUUUUUGCUUUUUUUCCGCAUCCGCCCCUCUUCGUUUAGGUCGUAUAUGUUCAAACAAGUGUCACUAUAUUCACAGCAAUAGUUCCGCAGCCAAACACAAUAGUCUUUUGUUAGUUUUUGGUCAAAGUCUCGUGUUAUUCCAACAUCUGCAUGCAUCACGCAUCUAAUCUAAUAAUCUGAUAUGAUAGUUUUUGGGCUACACGUUAAAUAUUGUGACUCUAAGAGAGUAAACUUUAAAAUACAACUCCAAGAGAACAUUUUACAUUGUGCUUUCAAAAUAACAAUGGCCGUGGCAAUAUUGCGCGUAAUUUCUCCCCUUUUAUAAUUUUGCCAACUUUUAAACUUUCUAUCUUUUAUUGUUGUGAUCUAUCAGGGAGGCAAAUUCAAAUAAAAGUAAUGUUCCCUUUGUCUCCUUGAUCAGUACAAAUCUGAAAUGGCAGACUUUUACCAGAUUUCUGCAGGUUUAAUUGUUAGUGUGCAACAAUAUAAUGAUGCUUAACUUGAUCUCUUCUGAUUUGAACCUCAACAAUGAUGAAUAUGUCAAACCACAGAUUACAGCUAGCUGAUGCUCUGUAUCUUUGACAAUUAUUUUGCUAAUCUUUAAGGCCGGUGCUAAUCAUUCAGACGGGCACUGUUAAUUUUUUACAAAACACUGAUGCAAACUAAGGAAAUACAUCUGUAUAUUACAGAAAUUAUAGACUUCUUUUUAAGGCAAACUUUAUCAGUUGUACACUUAUUUUAAGAAAGCAAUCAGAAUACUGUGAUACAACUAUAAAUAUGUUAUAAGAUCAAAAUAAUACAAUAAUGAGUUGCUCUUCGGAUUAUAAUGAGACGGAUAUUGUUAUUUCUGAACACUCUCAAGCAGCAGUGUCAUCCAAGCGACCGGUAACUACUGGUGUAGGCCAGUUUAUACACUUGAAAAGAUCCCCACAGGAACGGACGCUAUUGAUUCACUGUAAUGUAAUGCAUAGAUAAUUAUACCCCAAUACAGUAGAGAAUACAAUUCCCGUGAUGCACUUCCCCAACUGUGUAACCAGCUAAUCUGUCCCCAAUUGAAGUGAGGGGCCGCUGUACAGUACCAAAGCGUUGUGUCUUCAAAUACUUAAAAUUGAAAAACUGAUAACACUGCUUUUUGAGCCAGCCUGUGAACAGGGAUGUUAUUGGUUGUAAUUUUACUCUGCUAAUCAUCCAGCUGUGCGCCCUUUCAUUUUGAGCAUCCGCCAAUCUUACGAUGAUAGUGAUGACAGCUAAACAUCUUUUUUGGGGGGUUCUCUCUAUGUAUUAAAGUCUCGCCCUGAAGCCUCACUGAGAGAUGAAACUACCAUAAAAAACAGUUUUUUCAUAUAACCAUGGUUAAAGCAUAUAACCAUAGUUAAAGCAGAGUGUGUCAAGUUCUGGCCCAAACCUUCUCUCCUCUUCCUCGCGUACCUCCUCUCUGCACUUGGAAGAGUGGCGCCAGAUAAUUCUUUCCCAACUUUCCCAUUCUUCUCAAAUUAAUAUAAGAAAAUAAAAGAGAAAUGCUUAAUUUAUUUUCAGAGUUCUAAAACGGUUUUACUACAUCCAAUUAAUUCUAAUUGUCUCCUAAACUGAAAUUCUCAAUAGAAAUGGAGCAAUUAAAUUUCUGCUUUGGCUCUACCUUGGGGACGAAAGACGUUUUAUUUCGGUUGACGGUGGGGAGGGAUUGUCUAAACCUUUACAAAGGCGACUUCAUGUGUGUCUGUAAUAGUUUCAUAACAGAGCGAUCACUGGGCUAUGCAAGCCAAAUAUGGCCACCGAUGUUCCUUGUGUUGUGGAGCAUCAGACUGAUAUUUCGCUGUGCUUUGUUAACAAUGUGGACAUACUGUAAAGUGCUGUACGCCGCAAAUGUAUUGUGCAUCUUUCAUCAUACUAUACUCUAGCUGCUGUGCAUUGAUCUUACUAUGAUUGCUUGUUUAAUCUGUCCGUAUAAUUAAUUGUUCAUGGUGUAUCAGCAACUUGAACACACAUUGGGAGCCCACCGUAAUAGCUGUAUAAUAUAAAUCACUGUAUUGAGUCAUGUGAGUCUGUUAUGUUUGGUGGGAUAUUCUUUUUCUUUUCCGUAUCCCUCAAGGCUGAAACACACACCCUGUGUUAUCAUCGAUUUUGGUCAUCAGCACAGCGGGAUGUAUAGCGAGUGAAGUAGUCUAGACCCUAUACCUCAAUUCAUAUUUUGAAAAUUACACUGGGUUUGGAAACGGGCCACGGGUUCCUCCUGGGAAUCCGUGGCACAGAAAUAAAGUGACAUCACUGACUGGGUAUUAAAAAAAAUGUAGAUGAACCUGCAGCAUUUGGGGAUCACGUUCCUCGGAGGAGAAAGCUGCUUAUUCGCUGUUCCAUUUGCGGAGUUAUCUUAUCUCCAUGCACUCUGAGAUGACGAGAUUUACAUAAAACAUGGAGGAACCUCCCUGGCCGCUCUAGUCCGCGGUGUAUAAAGGACCCUGCUAGGUGUGUGUACCGUAGACAUGUGAUUACCCAAGAGGUUUACUCUCCUCAAAAGCAAUAUGUUAGCAAUUGUGAUAUAUGAAUCGAGUUAAAAGGGAGCUUUGGUUCAUUUUAAUUAUAAACGUACCGUACGAUUGGAAGAGGACGGGGGAGCAAAAAGCCAACAACAGCUGGGUUCCACCACAGUAUUGUGUGGCAUCUUCUUGUGUUUUGUUUGUUGUGUUCAUGCCUGAUGUACUCAUGUGUAAAUAUAUGCCUUUUUUGGAGUGAGUCAGAUCUAACAAUGCACUGAAUGUACAGUGACAAUAAAAUCACAUAAUUUAUGUAA